AUGAUUGACCUAAGCUUCCUAACGGAGGAGGAACAAGAGGCAAUAAUGAAGGUGCUGCAACGGGAUGCAGAGCUUAAAAGAGCUGAAGAAGAGAGAGUCAGGCUUUUACCAGAAAAAGUCAAAGAUGAUGUUCAGCUAAAGAAUAUGAGUGGGCAGUGGUUUUAUGAAGCAAAGUCGAAGAGGCACAGAGAUAAGAUACAUGGAGCAGAUAUUAUUAGAGCUUCCAUGCGACGGAAGCCUGCCACUGUUGCUGAAGUGAGUCAGAGCAAAUCAAACAAAGCAAAGAACAGCUGGGUGAGCAAUGUUAAUAAAGAAGUCUUUGUGCCACCAGAACUACAUGGAAUUGUGGAACAUCAAGAAGAACGGCUGAAAUCUCAUUCAAGUUCUAAACCAAUAACCUCUGUGUUAAACCAAGCAGAGGAAAAACCUAUGAAGACAGCAGUCUCGCCAGUAAAGCAAAGGAGAAAUCCAUUUAAUUCCACUGCAUCAGGUGACAACUUGAACAGCGAGGAGUCAGAAAACAGACCAGCUAUUCUACCUCAGCUAUCAAAUAAGGAAAUUUUGUCACCCUCAGAAGAAAGCCAACCUAAACCAACCUUGCAAAAUGAUGAAACAGAGAAACAGAAGAAGCCUUCUGUAGAACCUGCUGAUGAGUCACAGAAAGGACUAGUUAAGCGUCCUGUCCCAAAAGCUAGAAAAUUAAUUCAAAAAGCAACCGAUCCUGUGUCACAAAGAGAAGACACUGUUCCAAAGCCAGCCAAGCGAACUGAGAGGAUUAAUGGCACUGGUGCACCACCCAGGGGCAUUCUGAAGCGCAGCUCAAGUUCAAGUUCCACUGACUCAGAAGUUCGUGUUAGCCAGAUGUUUGAUGUUCAGAAGAAGAAUGGUCUUCCUACUGCAACUAUUUUUGAAGGAGAAGCUGAGAAUUCCUCUCUUAGGGAAGAAGCAGAUGACUCCACACACAUUUCACUGGAAAAACUGAAACAAGUGAGGUUCUCAUCUAGCACAGGUAAAGAACCUCUGCAAAGCCCACAGCUACACCACGGUAGAGAAACAGGAGAGUUUGAUUUGUUAGAAUCUGAUGAAAUGAAGAGUAGUGGAAGUGAUGCUAUUAGAUCAGAUUCACAUGGGAACAAUCACAUUUCUCCUGUCAAGCCUCUGGGAACCCAUUCAUCAGCUUUACAACUGAAAGCAAUAGAUGGCUUACAAGAAGGUUCCUCGGCAUCUGGCCCUUGUGACACUAGUAGACCUGUCUUCCUAGUUAAUGAAACCUUGCAGAUGAAGACAGUUACUCCUAAGAAACUUGAAACUCCACAGAAGCCCUCCAACAAUGUCCUGCCAAGUAGCCAGAAUGAACUGAGUGUUGAUGGGAGACGUGAAAAUAAAUCCAACCAGUUACCGAGCCAGGAAUCGAAGUCACACACAAACUUUACUGAUGAACAUCAGCUCUCUGCUAAGACAGAAGCGCAUGAGGUGUCAAAUACCAAGCCUACAAGCCUUCAGCAAGGUUCAGAAGAAGAAUUAAACCCUGUUUUGAUGGCUUUGAAAAGGAGUGCAGAUAGGAAAAUGCCUUCCAAAAGUCUAGAGGACAUUCCAUCAGCCACCUCAAAUAAAGGAAAAAUAAAUAAUCCAAAGGAAGAAUUAGCUCUUAGUGCUGAAGAUGGUCCGAAACCUGAUCAGCAUCAAGAGAGGAGUGAAAAUGCAGCUGGAAUUUCCACAGUGCCUGCACAGCCUGACAAGCUGUUUUCCAAUCCUGAAAAACUCAAAGGACUUAGCAAGUCGGUACCAUCAUUCCUACAGGAAGAGAGUGAUGACAGAGAGACAGAUACAGCAUCAGAAAGCAGUUGUUCCCUUGGCAGAAUCAAGAAGAGUCCCAGCUCUCUAACCAAUCUUAGCGGCUCUUCUGGCAUGGCCUCCUUAUCCUCUGUGAGCGGAAGUCUCAUGAGCAUCUACAGUGCAGACUUUGGCAAUGUUGAUGUGAAGGGGAACAUUCAGUUUGCUAUCGAUUACGUAGAACAGCUGAACGAGCUCCACAUUUUUAUUUGCCAGUGUAAAGACUUGGCAGUGGCAGAUGUUAAGCGACAGCGUUCAGACCCGUAUGUAAAGACCUACCUUCUUCCAGAGAAAUACAAGCUGGGCAAACGGAAGACUUCUGUGAAAAAGAAAACUUUCAAUCCAGUCUACAAUGAAAUACUGCGGUAUAAAAUUGAGAAGGGUCUCCUAAAGAACCAAAGCCUUAAUGUCUCUGUCUGGCACAAUGAUACCUUUGGGAGGAAUAGCUUCCUUGGUGAAGUGGAACUGGAUUUAGGAACCUGGGACUGGAAUGAUAAAUCCAACAAGCAGAUCAACUGGUUUCCACUUAAGCCAAGGACUUCAACAAUGGCUCUUGAACUAGAAAGCAGAGGGGAGAUGAAACUAGCCCUCCAGUAUGUCCCACACCCUGUUGGAGGAAAGAAGACUCCAUCUACUGGUGAGGUCCACAUCUGGGUGAAGGAAUGCCAUGACCUUCCUCUUCUGAGAGGCAACAGGCUCAACGCUUUUAUUAAGUGCACCAUUCUUCCGGACACUAGCAGAAAAAGUCGCCAGAAAACAAGAACGGUGGCAAAAACUACAAACCCGGUAUUCAACCACACCAUGGUCUACGAUGGCUUUAGGCCAGAAGACUUGAAAGAAGCCUGCAUAGAACUCACAGUCUGGGAUCACAACAAACUAGCCAACCACUUUCUGGGAGGUCUCAGGAUAGGCCUUGGAACAGGCAAAAGCUAUGGAACUGUGGUCGACUGGAUGGAUUCUACGUCAGAUGAAACUGCCCUUUGGGAGAAGAUGAUGAACUCGCCCAACACGUGGAUAGAAGAUACACUACCUCUCAGGAUGCUAAUGGUUGCAAAAUUGACAAAAUAAGGUGGUUUUUUUAAUUGCUAGUGUCCAACAGAGACCUUGGGAAUGAAAUUAAAGGUGUGGGGGUGAAACCUGGAAGAGAACACAGUAGAUCUUCUGACCGUCUCUGCUCCAUUGCUGUUCUGGUUUUGUGCUGUCAAAUGUCACUUCGUAUUUCAAAUUAAACUUCUGCCUGCACAUUGUUAUGUAAAUUUA